AUGUCUAAUACUGGUGGCGUAAGUGCAGAAUACCGAUGUUAUUCAAAAUUCAUAUAUAACCACGGUCAGAAGCCUUCUUUGACUAGGGCCACAGAUAGCAAGAUAUCGAGCGUUCUUCAUCGGUUUUACCCGAUGCUUAUCAUUUUUGAUGGCGCCCUGAAUAAUAUCAUGUGGAUGUGUGAAGAUAUAUGCCUGCCCUUUAUUUAUAUGGUCAUGAUAACUUUGGUUAUAGACAUGCUCUCUUUAUGUGAGACGUCCGCAUCUUCUGGAAAGUCUGUCUUUGGCAAAAUAUCGACACUAUGGUUGGGCAUGAUUGGAUUUGUUGUACUUUUAUACUCAUUUCUGUACUACGUGGUUACUGUUUACCAAGAUUUGGAUCAAUACGAGCCGCCAACCCUGGAUGAUAUAGUAAUUCUUUUGGAGUCAGUGAUCGAUAAAUUGGAAACGAUAAGAAAAGAAACAGUAUCGAGAACUCUUAGAAUAAGAACGUGGUUAGAUGUGCUGAAGUUCGCAAUCUUUUUAACCCCUAUCCAAUAUGUAUUAAUGAGAUAUCUAUCUGUCAGAGACUACGCUCUGGGAGUUGUAGUAUGCUGUUUGCUAGUACAUUCUAUAUGGUUUCAAAGUACCUUUCGACUGUUUUGGAGAGUUUUAGCCACCCGUAUAGCUUAUUUUAGCGUGUUAUCAAUUUUCCAUGAUCGUAAGCAAAUAAUUUAUAGCCCAUUGAUUGACCCUUCAACGGUAAAUGAGAAAACUAGCGCUACUAUUUUUGUACCCUAUGCACAACCUAUGCACAAAAUGAGUGGUAAUAAACUACAGCUUGAGUUGUUGAAACUUUAUCCUUUAAACAACGUGAUUAAUGGAAUAAGUAAGAUGCCAUGUCCCGGUGUCAUAGCCAUUAACAUCUACAUUGUUCAUGAAAACCAGAGGAAGUGGAAGCCAAAUAAUGUUUGGGAACCGAAGCUUUUACCUUAUGAAAAACCAAAAUAUUGCAUUGAGUUAAACGGCCAUUUGAAUGCCUGUAAAUCACCCUGGGAAUAUCAAGAAAGUCUAGCUGAAGACUGGGAGUGGCUAGAUGAUUGCUGGAAGCCAAGUGAAUGGGCCUAUUCAGACUCGGACUGGAACGUCAUUGGUCAUAAUGACUCGUUAGAAGCUUAUACAAGAACAAAAAUUUGGAGGCGCAGAGUUUUUAAAGUAUUUAAGUGA